GGGUUCUGAGUUGGAGGAUAUAAGAAGAGCUGCGCAAUGACAACAGUAGACCAGAAACACAAGCAGGACAAAGCGCUUCGAAGAAAGGAGACAUAUUAACGCAACAAGGAUUUUUAAAAAUAUUUAUUUAAGUCAACGUCAUCAAGUGAGGAUGCCUUUCCUCGGACAGGACUGGAGGUCACCGGGUCAGAGUUGGGUAAAAACCGAAGAGGGAUGGAAAAAGACAACAGCAGACGACAAAAACAACAAUGUCUCCGUGGAGAGCUUCUGCAAAGCCGAGGAGGAGGAGUGUUUCAACAAGGAGAACCUGCUGCUCUCUCUCAGCUACGACAUGGCUGCCAAGAAGAGGAAAAAAGACCUAAUGAACAACAACAGCAAGGUCCCCUAUUUCCACCGGGAAAAGUGGAUUUAUGUUCAUAAAGGAAGCACCAAGGAGCGCCACGGAUAUUGUACACUGGGAGAGGCCUUCAACCGCUUAGAUUUCUGCAGCGCCAUCAAGGACACGAGGAGAUUUAAUUACGUCGUCAGACUCCUGGAGCUUAUCGCCAAGUCCCAGCUCCCCUCGCUCAGUGGAGUGGCGCAGAAAAACUACAUGAAUAUUCUGGAGAGAGUGGUACAGAAAGUCCUUGACGACCAGCAGAAUGUCCGUCCAAUCAAGGAGCUGCUGCAGACACUCUACGUCUCGCUGUGCGGUCUUGUUCAGGACAUGGGCAAGUCUGUGCUUGUGGGGAACAUCAACAUGUGGGUGCACCGCAUGGAGAACAUCCUGCAGUGGCAGCAACGGCUGGACAACAUCCAGAUCAACAGGCCUCUGUCUACAGGCAUGACUCUGACUGACCUUCCUGCCAGCCUGCAGCUGAACAUCAUGGAGCGGCUGUCUGAUGGCAGGGACCUGGUCAGCCUGGGCCAGGUCUGUCCUGAAUUGGGGGCCCUUACUGAGGACCGGCUGCUCUGGAAGAGACUCUGCCAGUACCACUUCACAGACAGACAGAUUCGAAAGCGUCUGAUGGUGUCAGAUAAAGGUCACCUGGAGUGGAAGAAGAUGUACUUUAAGCUGAGCCGCUGCUAUCCUCACAGAGAGCAAUACAGCGACACCCUGCACUUCUGCACACACUGUCACAUCCUUUUCUGGAAGGACACAAACCAUCCCUGCACAGCCAACAACCCAGAAAGCUGCACUAUGGCCCUCUCCCCUCAAGACUUUAUUAACCUUUUCAAGUUCUGAUCCCCUCCCCAAAUCCAGAUGAUCUGACUGUAAAUACUGUACAUAGAAAUGUACAAUAUUGUUUUUGUUUUGAUAGCACAAUCAAUUCCUGGAUGUAUAUAUAGAUGAGGUAUGACUGGAGGGCGCUCAGGCAGUGGGACAAUUAUGCAAUCGAGUUACUUUUUUUGAAAGAGUGCAGAGGCUUCUGUGAGAGUUCACUGUUGAAAGAGAGCGAAUGUGACAGAGAGGGAAAGAAAUGUAGGAACAGUCGGCCUGUGGACGGAAGAGGGGAGAGCAGUGGAAACACUCAGCUCAGUGAGAUCUUAGUUUAAUGAGGUUUUGAGUUCACACCUCCAAAGUAAACACACCUCUUAACUGUAGCUAUGUGCAUUUUUUCCCCUUAAUUUGAAUAAUUUGGUUUUCUUUUAUUUUUGGCUCUAAAAGUCAUUGUUCUUUUCAACAGGAAAGUAGGAAAAUGAUUCAAAUUUUGAGUUAAUGUUUGAAAUAGUGAUUUGUUUGAUAUAGUAGUACAAGGCCUGCUCACAUGAGGGGGGUUGCUAUGUGUUUUAUAUGCUCAGAUGAAGUUUGCAAUGUUUUUUUUGGCACUGGGAUGGAGAUGCUGCAGUACCUAAGAGUUAAUGAAUGUUAGCAAGGGAGUGUUGACACACCAUAGUAUCUUUUCUAUUUUGCGUUGUUCUUUUUCACUUUUAUAAAGAUUUAAUACGACUUUUUUUUUUUUAAUAUUGUGUGUGUUCAUUUUCUGCUGUGGCUGCUAUAGCAACAGCAUCUGAGUGCAGUAUUACCAAAGAUUGUAAUCAAAGGAACUAUAAAAAAUGGUGUGUGUGCCUUAUCGUGAAACUUGAAACCGGUACAGCUUAAUCCUUGUUUGCAAUGUUUUCAGAUCCUGAUGCUGUUAUUAUCAUCAUCGUUAUCAUCAACAUCAUCAUCAAAUGUCUUGUUUUACAGAAGAGUGGUAAUCAAGAUGUGAGGCUUUGAUUCCAAAGUUGACUGUUUUGAAACAUCUUACUUUUCUUUAACCUCAUGCAUGUUUUUUUUUUUUUUUUAAAACACGUUGCUGAUUGUGUUUACUUAUUUAUUUAUUCUGAUUCUGGCAAUUAGCUCAAAUUGCACUAUUGGGUUUGCAAGAAUGGAAAUAUUGGUACAAAAUGCAAUUUGACCCAGACUUUCCUCUUAUCACUGCUCAGACAGUGAGGAAUGGUGUACAUGCUAUGCAAUGCGUUCUGUUUAUGUUCUGUUGAAUAAAUAAAAGAAAAUAAGCAAAUAA